UAGCUACAAGUACCUGAACCGAUUUUCGCAUCUUCUCGAACAGCAACCUCCACACAACUAUCUAUAUCUAUAUCGCUGCUCUGCUCUGCUCUCCUCCCCCCGGGCUCCCUCGACAAGGAACCGCGCAGCCUCGGACCCAGCUCAGCUUGCCGGGGAAUGGUGAGAUCCAAGACCUCUUCGUCACAUAUCUCGAUCGGGCGUCGGCGUUGGCUUUGGUUUGUUCAAACCGCUUCUCUGCAAAUGUCUGUUCUCGAGUCCACGGCCUCACAAUCGCACCUGUUCGGCCAUCCCAGUCUCAUGCUGUCCUGAAGACAGUCACGGGACCUUCCUCUGAACAAUCCCCAGCGAUGGAAACAAUCGCAGCUGUGGCGCCAGUGCCAUCCAGGACCAACUCGCAGGAAAGCGCUAUUUCUGAUGAGGAUUUUCCACUCACUCCCGGGACUGAUGUGACGACCCCUGAUUUGUCGACACCAGAUGGAUCUGAGUGCGGGUUCAACGUAACGGCCGAUGUCGUGAGACGCCUAUCUCUCCUGCCUCCAGUCAAGCAUGGUGCUAGCCUGUCAUCCCUGCCCACGGAGCUGCAGCUUGAGAUUUUCAGCUAUCUUGACCGGAUUGACUCCGUCUGCUUCGGGUUGACCUCAUCCAGGCUGUAUGCGAUCUGCCGCGCCAUGUAUGGUACGAAGAUACCGCUAAAUACACGGCGCGUAGGUCCGAAUUCCCUGGAGUCCGCCUGGAAGAUUGACAAGCAGCAAUGUAGACAAUGCGGUAUGUUCCGCUGCGAGCUCUGGCAGCACAUCAAGACGUGGAUGCCGAAAGAUCUGGAAUACUGCUCGAUGAAGCACAACUUCGGAUUACCCGCCAAGGAGGGCGCCUCUGAGAGCUGCUACCGCGGCAAGCCGUCAAAGCCAAGACGGUGCGGCCGCCACCCGGUCAGGACGACUACUAUCCACCAGGACGAUAAUAAUCUGGAGUCGAAACUAUAAAUUUUGGAACUGCAACACAGUGCGGGCAAUGCCCAAGGCAUGACAUUUUGAUUUAGCGUGCGUGCAUAUAGAUCUUCUGCAUUAUCAUUAGAAGAUCCUACUACUUCUUUUGGUGCAUAGAAAUGGCGUUUGGGUUUUUUGUUCUGCUUUUUUUGGAUUUCCCCAGAGGUUUUUUUCACUGGCGUAUAAUGUACGAGAGUUGUUACAGCUGUCUACGUGGUCACAGUCGAGAUCAAGUCUGAGAAGCUCGGAUUAUUACAGAGAUCAGAGAUACACAGAGAGAUACGAUUUGGGAAGGUUUUGUUUCAAGAUAUCUAGAGACGAGAUUGAAUAAACCCAGAAUAUUACCCAG